AUGGAGCCUGCAAAUAAUGUGACUGAAUUCAUCCUCUCAGGACUCAUCCAGGACCAAGAGUUACAACAAGUGUGUUUUGUGCUGUUUUUACUCUUCUAUCUAGUCAUUGUCCUGGGAAAUCUCCUCAUCAUUGUCACUAUAAUAUGCAGUGAGCGUCUGAACUGCCCUAUGUAUUUCUUCCUGAGCUAUCUGUCCUUCAUAGACAUCUGCUACUCUUCUGUCACAGCCCCAAAACUGAUUGCAGACUUCCUUGUGGAGAGGAAAACCAUCUCCUUCAUUGGCUGCAUAGCACAGCUGUUUAUGGUCCAUUUAUUUGGGGGCACCGAGAUCUUUAUCCUCACAGUGAUGGCCUAUGAUCGUUAUAUUGCAAUCUGUAAUCCCCUCCUUUAUACGACCAUUAUGAACAAGCAUGUGUGUAGCUGGAUGGUGGUGGCUUCAUGGGUAGGGGGCUUUGUGCAUUCCAUGGUUCAGACUCUCCUGACUGUACAAUUACCCUUCUGUGGGCCCAAUGAGAUCGAUCACUAUUUCUGUGAUGUGCAUCCUUUGCUGAAACUGGCCUGUACUGACACUUUCAUUGUUGGCAUCAUGGUUGUUGCCAAUAGCGGGAUGAUUUCCCUGACCUCUUUUGUUGUGCUGGUUGUAUCCUAUAUAGUCAUCUUAACCUCCCUGAGAAGCCACUCUUCCAAAGGGCGUCUCAAAGCUCUCUCCACUUGCGCCUCCCACAUCACUGUAGUGAUUUUAAAUUUUGGGCCAUGUAUCUUCAUCUACUUACGACCUUCCACCACCUUCUCCGAGGAUAAGAUGGUCACUGUGUUCUACACCAUUAUCACCCCCAUGCUGAAUCCCUUGAUCUACACCCUGAGAAAUGAGGAGGUGAAAAAUGCCAUGAGAAAAUUAUGGAGCAGAAAAGUGACUUUGGGAGUAAAAUGA